AUGAGCUCACAGGGAAUCACUCGCAAGCGACCGGCGCCAGGAACGGCCCCGGUUGCCCUCCCACAGAUGGGACAUGGACUCCCAAAUUUCCCGACCACUGCCAACCCCGGCUCUCAGCUCUCCAACGAUCAAUUCUUACAAUGGGGCCAGAAUCCCCCCGCGAAUACCGGCAAUGCCUCCACCCUCUCCGAAAACUCAUACAACCCUGCGGCAUUUGCGCCUCCCCAAGAUACGUCCGCACCAGCUGCGACAGCAUCCAACCAACUCGCCCGGCGCCAAGCGAAUCAGAAUCAGAUGGUCAGCAGAAAUCGAGGGUACGAGCAGCCGCCUGCCUCAUAUGUCGAAAACGGAGGACCGAAUGGGAAUGGCGAGAGCGGCGCAUGGGGAGAGUCGCUCGAGGAGCUUUACCGGCGAGCUUUGGCCGCGAAAAGAGAUUCGCAGGCAAAGCGAAAGCAAAUCCCACCAUUCGUUCAAAAAUUGAGCAGUUUUCUCGAUGAAUCUAAGAAUACAGAAUUAAUUCGAUGGUCCGACGAUGGAAAUUCUUUCGUCGUUCUAGAUGAAGAUGAAUUUGCAAGAACUUUGAUUCCGGAACUUUUCAAACAUAACAACUACGCCUCGUUCGUCCGACAGCUGAACAUGUACGGGUUCCACAAGAAGGUCGGACUUUCUGAUAAUUCAAUGCGCGCCAGUGAGCGAAAAAACAAAAGCCCCAGCGAAUAUGCCAACCCAUACUUCAAACGGGGCCAUCCGGAUUUGCUCUGGCUCAUCCAGAAACCAAAGAAUGCAGGAGGCGGUCAUGCCAGCAAGCCCAGCAAAGGCGGCACCCGCGUAAAGACAGAGGACGUUGAUGAUAACGACAUGGACGAGUACGCCGAGGAGGGUGCACCACCUCCUCGCGAUAACCGUGCGCCUCGGCCUACGCAAUUGUCAUUGGUCACUGAUAACCCAGUGCCAAAUGAACAACUUUCUGGGGUAUAUCGCGAACUUCAAGCUAUUCGCCAGCAACAGUCCAUCAUAUCAACCACAAUUACGAGGCUGCGCAAGGAGCAUGAGCAACUUUACUCCCAGGCGGCCAACUUCCAGGAACAGCACACUCGCCAUGAGAACUCUAUCAAUGCGAUUCUCACAUUCCUCGCUACUGUCUACAAUCGCAGUUUACAGGGCCAGGAUGGCACACAAAAUCUAGCAAACUCCUUUGCAGGUGCUAUUUCUCAAGACCAGGGAAAUAUUGUGGACGUUGAUGAUGAUUAUCUCAGUAAUGCAUUGGGGUCUAUGACUAGCCCCAAUGGCCAGAGAACAAUGAAGAAACAGCCCUUGCUGUUGAAGGCCCCACCUGCUGCAGGCGAGAGCACUCGUUCCUCAACGAUCUCACCAGCAGCGAGUGGCCUAUACGAAACUAGGUCUCGCGGUCACAAUCGGCAACCCAGCGCCGCUCAGCCUGGCCAUGUGGAGGAGGUCUUUGACCACAGUCCGCAGCCCGGCGCCUCAACUCUCCCCCAGGGACACCAAGGAGACGAAAAGUUCCCCCAACAGGACAUGAUGUCUGUUAUACAAAACUCAAAUGCGCGCAACGGGCUUGCGACGAACUUUUCCGAGUUCCCAAAUGUGCUCUCCUCCCUUGAAAACCACGGUGGCAAUGUGCCACUCACGGCGGGCCAGCGUGCCGAUAUGCUUCGACUCAUGGCCAGCGAGACUGGGUCCAACGAACAGCCUGGCGUGCCUUCCAACAAUGCGCUAAUCUCGCCAAACCCACCACCCAUGCCCCACAACUACUCCGGCAGACUAGCCAGCACCCGACAAGAAAUCGACAAUCUUGUUAAAAUGCAAGCCGAGCAGGACCGUUCCGUUCAAAACCUGACUAGUCUCCUCCAACCGCUGAGCCCCAAUGGCACCAUCCCAGGCAUCGAUCAGGAUGGCAGUGUCCCUCCUCCACCUCUUGACCUCGACACAAUCUUCAACAACGACUAUUUCACUGACAUCGGUGACACAAGCACCGGGCUGAAGAAACAAGAUGACUCACUGAGUCAUCUGGGAACGGGCCAGAACAAUCAAGACAACCUGGGCACAGGGGACGAAGGGGAUACCAACGACCUGUUUGAUUUCGACCACAUCCCCAACGAACCCGAUCUAUUCGAAUCCACCCACGGCCAAGCAGACCCCUCAGCCUACAAUUAUGGCUUCGACGGGUCCGGCUACGACGACUCGGGACGGGUGAUCGAGCAGUUAACGGACAGCGAAGCCACCAGUCCAGCAGCACCCGAAAAUCAAGGCGAAACCCACGAUGGUGGUAGCGCAUCAAAGCGACGCAGGAAGGCUUAA